CUGGCGUUGGCCUGUCAAAAUUUAUUUACGUCGGAAAAUGUUUUGACAUCCAAUUGCGGUUAUGUAGACUGAUUCAAAUAUUUCUGAUGGCUUCCGUGAAUCGUUUGCUUCCACCGCCGCAUGUUUUUUAUACUGAACUACAAGAGCGAGCUGAUUUAGCAGAAGAGCGUCGACACAAACGGUUCCUCGCAGUCCUACUAUUGCAACGUUUUGCAAGAGGUUUCCUUAUCAGAAAACACAUCGCAUGGUUGUCGCAGAAUGCAACUAUUAUUCAAUGCGCGUUCAGAGUCCACAUUGCUCGCAAAGCUUACAGAAUGGCUCUGAGAAGGGCUGUCCGACACAAACAUGCCAAGCAUUAUGACCGAGCCGGUAAAAUCAUACAGGCCCUCUGGCGCGGACAUUAUUCGAGGCGAACUAAAUUUUGCUACCGAUCAUAUCGCCGUUGGUUGGUCACGGUGACGGAGCGUGGUGAGAGACGAGUUGCAGAAGCUAUCGAGUUCGGCAUCAGAAGCAGAGCUGACGACCUGAGAAUUCUAGAAGAAGAAGCACGUCAAUGGCUUGCCUUUGUCGUGUUCAAACUACACCAUUUAUUGAGGACAUACGUCUGUGCCGGAGUUUAUUCCGAACCGGGGACAACACAACUAUCUGAAUUCGAGAAGCUCCUCAAAUCUAUCCAUUACACGGAUUACAUGAAAAGAUUGAAGCGUAAAUAUGAUGAGUUCGUGAGAAAACACCGACCGGGUUUUUCCAAUAAGAGGUUAUUUCCAAUAAUAGGGGACGGAUCGGACUAUUGGUAUUUAUCUUUGGCCGAAAUGUACGAAUUGACGGCUCCGAGGCCAAAAAAAGAAGACACGCGACAUUUAGCCAGGCAUCAUGGUGCUAUCCAUAAGGAGCCUUUUUUGUGGAAGAUGGUAAGACUUCGAACUAAUUUGGAAGGCAGAGGUCCUUUUACACCGCCGAAGUCUCCCACACCACGGUCGCCGCCCGCCCCAGCUCCCACGCCUACUCCAGGUGGAGACACAGUUCCGCAAAAGGAUCCCCGAUUCCACCUUUAUGUCAGACAUUACACACCACAACCAGCCUUGUUCGAUUACGUCGAUUUUCAUAUAAACGUGUUACUAACCAGGAAAUGUUCGGUGGAGAACGUCGAUAAAUAAAAAAAUGUUGGUGAGCGAUAAGAGCGCCCGAGUGGUGUUUUUGAAAUCACUUGGUUUUUA